AAGUUUGGGAUGAAAAAAAUCAAUGGAGGAAAGAACAUCAACAGACGACGACGAUGUUUGGAGCAGAGAGACAGUUCCAAAGGUUUUCAAACUUGUAUGUUCCUCCACUUCUUCAUCUCUGAGUUUGAGUCACACAGAUCUUGUUUCUCUCCUUCUCGUUAGUCCUUUCCUUUAUCGCACCCUUCUAUCUUCUCAACCCCUUUGCCAAUCUCUCAAUUUUCGUGAGUUGAAUAAUGCGGGGAAUCGCCUCGUAGCUGCUCUUUCUCUGCCUAGAUAUCGCCAUGUAAAAGAGAUUAACCUCGAAUUUGCAAGAGAUGUUCAAGACACACAUCUCAUACUUAUUAAAGAGAAGUGUUUUGAUUCUCUUCGAAGCUUGACGUCUUUAAAUCUGAACGGCUGCCAAAAAAUAUCGGAUACAGGAAUUGAAGCAAUAACAAGUUGUUGUCCUCAGUUAAAAACCUUUUCCGUCUACUGGAACGUGAGGGUAACUGAUACUGGGAUACUACACACAGUGAAGAACUGCAAACACAUAGUUGAUUUGAAUAUAAGUGGUUGUAAGAAUAUUACAGACCGAGGCGUACAAUUAGUCGCCGACAAUUACCCAAAUCUACAGUCACUAAACUUGACAAGGUGCGUCAAGUUAACUGACGAGGGGCUGAAGCAGUUGUUGCAAAAAUGCCUAUUCCUUGAGAGUUUGAAUCUUUAUGCAGUGUCUAGUUUCACAGAUGAAGCUUACACAAAAAUAUCCCUUCUGACACGUCUCGAGUUUGUGGAUCUCUGUGGUGCCCAGAAUCUUUCAGAUCAAGGACUUCAAUGUAUUUCAAAAUGCAAGAACCUUGUAUCCCUCAAUCUGACUUGGUGUGUACGUGUGACUGAUGACGGGGUUAUCGCCAUUGCACAAAGUUGCACCUCUCUUGAAUUUCUAAGCUUGUUCGGAAUAAUUGGCGUGACCGAUAAAUGUCUGGAGGCACUCUCACAGUCUUGUUCCAACAACAUCACAACACUUGAUGUCAACGGAUGCACUGGCAUCAAGAAACGAAGCCGCGAUGAGUUGCUUCAGUUGUUUCCAUAUUUGAAAUGUUUUAAAGUGCAUAGUUAAUGUGUGGUUAGUGAAAUUUUGGUUACAAAUGCAGUCUAUUCUUUUUUUGGCUGGUGAAAUAUAACUUGUAAAAUAUGCUAAUCUAAUCUCAAGCAAUUAUUUUGAGCAUUUGGUUCUGCA